CCCUCUCUCCCUCCCUCUUUCCCUCGCAGCCGACGAGGCAACAAUUAGGCUUUGGGGAUAAAACGAGGUGCGGAGAGCGGGCUGGGGCAUUUCUCCCCGAGAUGGCGGGUCUGACGGCGGCUGCCCCGCGGCCCGGAGUCCUCCUGCUCCUGCUGUCCAUCCUCCACCCCUCUCGGCCUGGAGGGGUCCCUGGGGUCAUUCCUGGUGGAGUUCCUGGAGGAGUCUUUUAUCCAGGGGCUGGUCUCGGAGGCCUUGCAGGAGGAGCGCUGGGGCCUGGAGGCAAACCUCUUAAGCCAGGUCCCGGAGGGCUUGCGGGCGCUGGCCUUGGGGCAGGGCUUGGCACCUUCCCUGCAGGUGCCUUUCCGGGGGCUCUGGUGCCUGGCGGAGUGGCUGACGCUGCUGCAGCCUAUAAAGCUGCUAAGGCUGGCGCUGGGCUUGGUGGUGUCCCAGGAGUUGGUGUUGGUGGCUUAGGAGUGUCUGCAGGUGCGGUGGUUCCUCAGCCCGGAGCCGGAGUGAAGCCCGGGAAAGUGCCGGGUGUGGGGCUGCCAGGUGUAUACCCAGGUGGCGUGCUCCCAGGAGCUCGGUUCCCCGGUGUGGGGGUGCUCCCUGGAGUUCCCACUGGAGCAGGAGUUAAGCCCAAGGCUCCAGGUGUAGGGGGAGCUUUUGCUGGAAUCCCAGGAGUUGGACCCUUUGUGGGACCGCAACCUGGAGUCCCACUGGGGUAUCCCAUCAAGGCCCCCAAGCUGCCCGGUGGCUAUGGACUGCCCUACACCACAGGGAAACUGCCCUAUGGCUAUGGGCCCGGAGGAGUGGCUGGUGCAGCGGGCAAGGCUGGUUACCCAACAGGGACAGGGGUUGGCCCCCAGGCAGCAGCAGCAGCGGCAGCUAAAGCGGCAGCAAAGCUCGGUGCCGGAGGAGUCCUCCCUGGUGUUGGAGGGGCCGGUGUUCCUGGUGUGCCUGGGGCAAUUCCUGGAAUCGGAGGCAUCGCAGGCGUUGGGACUCCAGCUGCAGCUGCAGCAGCAGCUGCAGCAGCCGCCGCUAAGGCAGCCAAGUAUGGAGCUGCUGCAGGCUUAGUGCCUGGUGUCCCAGGAGCUGGCGUUCCAGGUGUUGGUGUCCCAGGAGCUGGCAUUCCAGUUGUCCCAGGUGCUGGGAUCCCUGGUGUUGGGAUCCCAGGUGUUGUGUCACCAGAAGCAGCUGCUAAGGCAGCUGCAAAGGCAGCCAAAUACGGGGCCAGGGCCGGAGUCGGAGUUGGAGGCAUUCCUACUUACGGGGUUGGAGCUGGGGCCUUUCCGGGCUUUGGUGUCGGAGUCGGAGGUAUCCCCGGAGUUGCAGGUGUCCCCGGAGUCGGAGCUGUUCCAGGAGCUGCCAUUUCCCCCGAAGCUCAGGCAGCAGCUGCCGCCAAGGCUGCCAAGUACGGUGCUGCAGGAGCAGGAGUGCUGGGUGGGCUGGUGCCAGGUGCCCCAGGUGUAGUCCCAGGUGUGCCGGGCAUAGGAGGAGUGCCAGGAGUGGGGGCCCCAGCAGCUGCAGCUGCUAAAGCAGCCGCCAAAGCCGCCCAGUUUGGGUUAGUUCCUGGUGUCGGCGUGGCUCCUGGUGUCGGCGUGGCUCCUGGUGUCGGCGUGGCUCCUGGAGUCGGCGUGGCUCCUGGAGUUGGUGUGGCUCCUGGAGUUGGUGUGGCUCCUGGCGUUGGCAUUGGCCCUGCCUCCAUGGGCCCUGCCUCCAUCUCUAAUCCCCUCUCUCUCCCUCCCCCAGCUGCAGCAAAAUCCGCCGCCAAGGCGGCUGCCAAAGCCCAGCUCCGAGCUGCAGCUGGGCUUGGUGCUGGCGUCCCUGGACUUGGAGUUGGCGUUGGCGUCCCUGGACUUGGAGUUGGCGUUGGCGUCCCUGGACUUGGAGUUGGUGCUGGUGUUCCUGGCUUCGGGGCAGGUGCAGAUGAGGGGAUUAGGCGGAGCCUGUCCCCUGAGCUCAGGGAAGGGGAUCCCUCCUCCUCCCAGCACCUCCCCAGCACCCCCUCACCAUCCAGGGUACCUGGAGCCCUGGCUGCCGCUAAAGCAGCCAAAUAUGGAGCAGUAGGGCCUGGGGUCCUUGGAGGGGUCGGGGCCCUCGGUGGAGUAGGCAUCCCAGGCGGUGUGGUGGGAGCCGUACCCGCUGUCCCUGCUGCCGCAGCCAAAGCUGCUGCCAAAGCCGCCCAGUUUGGCCUAGGGGGCGCCGCUGGGCUCGGAGGACUCGGAGUCGGAGGGCUUGGAGUCCCAGGUGUUGGGGUCCUUGGAGGUAUAUCUCCAGCUGCAGCCGCUAAAGCAGCUAAAUAUGGUGCUGCUGGCCUUGGAGGUGUCCUAGGGGGUGCCGGGCAGUUCCCACUUGGAGGAGUGGCAGCAAGACCUGGCUUCGGAUUGUCUCCCAUUUUCCCAGGUGGGGCCUGCCUGGGAAAAGCUUGUGGCCGGAAGAGAAAAUGAGCUUCCUAGGACCCCUGACUCACGACCUCAUCAACGUUGGUGCUACUGCUUGGUGGAGAAUGUAAACCCUUUGUAACCCCAUCCCAUGCCCCUCCGACUCCCCACCCCAGGAGGGAACAGGCAGGCCGGGCGGCCUUGCAGAUCCACAGGGCAAGGAAACAAGAGGGGAGCGGCCAAGUGCCCCGACCAGGAGGCCCCCUACUUCAGAGGCAAGGGCUGUGUGGUCCUGGCCCCCCACCCUAUCCCUUCCCACCUAGGAGCUCCCCCUCCACACAGCCUCCAUCUCCAGGGGAACUUGGUGCUACACGCUGGUGCUCUUAUCUUCCUGGGGGGAGGGAGGAGGGAAGGGUGGCCCCUCGGGGAACCCCCUCCCUGGGCUCCUCUAAAGAUGGUGCAGACACUUCCUGGGCAGUCCCAGCUCCCCCUGCCCACCAGGACCCACCCUUGGCUGCCAUCCAGUUGGUACCCAAGCACCUGAAGCCUCAAAGCUGGAUUCGCUCAUAGCAUCCCUCUUCUCCUGGGUCCACUUGGCCGUUUCCUCCCCGCCAAUCGCUGUUCCCCACAUCUGGGGCGCCUUUGGUUUGGAAAACCACCCCACACUGGGAAUAGCCACCUUGCUCUUGUAGAAUCCAUCUGCCCAUCCGUCCAUUCAUCCAUCCGUCCGUCCAUCCAUGUCCCCAGUUGACCGCCCGCCACCACUAGCUGGCUGGAUGCACCCACCAUCAACCUGGUUGACCUGUCAUGGCAGCCUGUGCCCUGCCUUCACCCCCAUCCUACACUCCCCCAGGGUGUGCGGGGCUGUGCAGACUGGGGUGCCAGGCAUCUCCUCCCCACCCGGGGUGUCCCCACAUGCAGUACUGUAUAC